AUGGCAACAAAGCAGGCGACGCGUACCAACCAGGCCAUUACGCUCAAGGGCUCGACGGCACUCGUCACUGAGUUCUUCGAGUAUGGUGUCAACUCCAUGGUCAAGAAGUAUGGGCUGCCAAUGCUCGUGACCUCUGACGAUGGACUCAAGGAGUACAUCCAGACGAUUCUGGGCCAGGUGUCAGACUGGCUCCUCUCGUCCAGUCUCACGCGCCUCGUAUUGGCAAUCAAGUCGAUCGAGACGGACGAAACGCUCGAACGGUGGCAGUUCGACAUCCACACCGAGGACGGGCCGACCUCGGCCGGCGCGAUCCCUGGCGCGCCAAAGCCCACGAGGAAACCGAACAAGACGGAGAAGGAGGUGCAGGGCGAGAUCCGCGACAUUAUGAAGCAGAUCACGAGCAGUGUCACUUUCCUCCCGAUCCUGGACGACGAGUGCACAUUCACCAUCCUUGCAUACACCAACGAUUCGCCCGACGCACCCAUCCCGGCGACUUGGGGCGACGCCGACCCACACCUCAUCGACCGUGGCCAGGUCGAGCAGGUGCGCCUCCGCAGCUUUAGCACCAACGUGCACAGUCUCGAGGCCAUGGUUGCGUACCGCGUUGGGGAGUAG